GCGGUGACGAGAGCGUAGUUUUGCUGACGUUGGCGGCCGCGAUGCCUCCCGUGGUGGUGCUGCUGUCGCUGCUGCUGCGGCACGCCUACGACAAGACCAUCACUCUGAGGCCCACAGCUCCCAAGCUGGUCUACCUCGGUCUCGGUUUCUUUUUGGCUCUCAGGCUCAAUGUCGGGGUGUUCUCCAGCCACCCUGACAGAACCCCGUGGUCCCUCCAGCCCAUUCUGGCAACUUCUCUUGUCCCUUUCUCCUUCUUCGUAUCCGUCGUUGGAUUGGGCAAAAAGGUGAGCUGCCGCCGGUUGUUCUGUGCCCUCAUAGUGUUGGCCAGUGUGUUCAUCUGUGCGGAGCCACGCAUCUGGUCUCUGGAGGGCAGCGACGAGGAGGAGCUGUUCCGCUCCAACGACCUCUUCAAGCAGGUCCUCUGGCCGUCCGUCUACGCCCUCAGUUUCCUCCCCUUGGCAAUCUACCACGCGCUGGCAGAACACGAGCUCAGGAAGAACUCGGUCCACUCUUUCUCUCUCUCCACGUCCGGCCUACUGAUGGGGUCUGUGUUCACAGUGCUCAUGGCCUCUGCUGACUUCAUUCCUUUCUACGGACGGGUUGACACCUUUCCUGAGAUGUGGGAGGUCAUAAAAGACGGCGAAAAGUGCAACUUUGGGUUUCUGGACAGUGUUCCGUUAUGACUACGCGGAAGAUGAGAUCAGUUGGCAGCCAGAAUGGAGUCACACCUCCAUGUUUGUGAUCGCCAGUGUGGUUAUGGGUGUGCCUGCCGUGAUUGCGUACAGUGUGUUCGCGGUCAAAGACGUGAAGAAAGCCAAACGGGAGCAGAAGGGAUACUCGGAUGUUUCCAGUUCGGAGUACGACUGGGAGUGA